GAGUCGGCCCUUCCAAGCUUGGGUUUCAAAGCCAACCCGCCGCUCUUCUGAGUUGCUGAUGCGUGGCGACGUUCGAGCCAGACGGCCCACCACGGCCUAUCCACUCACAAUUUAACGACAGAAAAUUGCCUCUUAUUUACGAAAGGCCCACGUGUUAUCGACCCCGUAUCCGUCAAAUGGUCUGAGGGACUUUUCUGUCCAGGCAUUUUACUCGCAUGCCCUACUUCCCUUCGUUCCUCAGCAGCGGCUUCUCCUCAGCACAGGAUCUCUUCUUCUAUUCGUAUUCUCCGCCUCUGCCCGCGCGAGAGUUUUAGAUAGAGUUAGGGUUUUGUUUCUCAGAUUCAGAUAGGGGUAGAUAACGUAGCGGUCUCAUUCUCGUUCUCUUUCAUUUCUCUGUUGGAGAUUGUGGCGAGAGAUCUGGUCUGACUUUGGGAGCUGAGGUGAUUCGGCCAUGGGAGUUCCGGCUUUCUACAGAUGGCUGGCGGAGAAGUAUCCGAUGGUUGUCGUCGAUGUGAUCGAGGAAGAACCGGUCGUCAUCGAUGGCAUUUCGAUCCCCGUAGACACCAGUAAACCUAAUCCCAACAACAUUGAGUACGAUAAUCUCUACCUCGAUAUGAACGGCAUUAUCCACCCUUGUUUUCAUCCCGAAGACCGGCCUUCUCCAACGAGUUUUGAUGAAGUAUUCCAGUGUAUGUUUGAUUACAUUGAUAGGCUAUUUGUAAUGGUGCGGCCCCGAAAGCUGCUAUUCAUGGCUAUAGAUGGUGUUGCUCCUAGGGCUAAAAUGAACCAACAGCGCUCUAGGCGUUUCAGAGCAGCCAAAGACGCGGCAGAAGCAGCAGCGGAAGAAGAAAGAUUGCGGGAGGACUUUGAGAAGGAGGGCAGAAAGCUUCCUCCAAAACAGGAGUCACAAGUUUGUGAUUCAAAUGUUAUCACUCCUGGAACUGAAUUUAUGUCUGUUUUAUCUAUUGCAAUGCAGUAUUAUAUUCAUCUUAGACUAAACAAUGAUCCAGGAUGGAAAUCAGUGAAGGUUAUACUUUCUGAUGCAAAUGUACCUGGUGAAGGGGAACACAAAAUUAUGUCAUAUAUUCGGCUUCAAAGAAAUCUUCCUGGUUAUGACCCAAAUACCUGCCAUUGCCUCUAUGGUUUGGAUGCAGAUUUGAUCAUGUUAGCUUUGGCUACCCAUGAAGUCCAUUUUUCAAUUCUUAGAGAGGUUGUGUUCACCCCUGGACAACAAGACAAAUGUUUCCUAUGCGGCCAGAUGGGCCAUUUAGCUGCAGAUUGUGAAGGAAAGGCAAAGAGAAAGGUUGGAGAAUUUGAUGAGAAAGGUGCUGUUGUGGCAAAAAAGCCUUAUCAGUUUCUCAAUAUUUGGACCCUUAGAGAGUAUUUGGAAUGCGAGAUGAGGAUUCUUAAUGCUCCAUUCGACAUUGAUUUUGAGCGCUUAGUGGAUGAUUUUAUCUUCAUGUGUUUCUUUGUUGGCAAUGAUUUCUUGCCACAUAUGCCCACACUGGAGAUUCGUGAGGGUGCAAUCAAUUUGCUUAUGGCAGUUUACAAGAAGGAAUUUAGGGCAUUGAAUGGGUAUUUGACUGACUCAAGCAAGCCGAAUUUGAGCAGGGUUGAGCAUUUCAUCCAGGCUGUGGGAUCCUUUGAAGAUAAAAUAUUCCAAAAGAGAGCUCGAUUGCAUCAGCGGCAGGCAGAAAGAAUCAAACGUGACAAGGCACAAGCUAGGAGAGGAGAUGAUGCAGAGCCUCAAACACAACCUGAAUCUCUUGUUCCAGUUGGUCGGUGUCAUGGUUCUCGCCUGGCUUCAGCUCCUGCACCUUCGCCAUAUGAACAAAUGGGUUCUGGUUACAAUUCUUCAAGCUCAGUGUCUGUUGGAAAAAAAAAUCAACUGGGACAAGGCACUGCAGAUGUGUCUGAAAUUGACAUUAAAAACAAACAAUCUGCAAAAUUUGGUGGUAGGGUAACCUCUGUCCUGGCGCAUAAAGUUGCACGAUUGUCUUCAGGGGCCACUAUUGGUGCUGCCAUUGUUGAAGCUGAAAAUAGUCUUGAAAUUGAAACUCGUGAAAACAAAGAAGAAUUGAAAGCGAAACUUAAAGAUUCACUUCGUGAGAAAUCCGAUGUUUUUAAUUCCAAAAAUCCGGAGGAAGACAAGGUUAAAUUGGGACAACCAGGGUGGAAGGAAAGGUAUUAUGAAAAAAAGUUUUCUGCAAGAACUGCUGAGGAACUUGAAGCAAUACGAAAAGAUGUUGUUUUGAGAUACACAGAGGGCUUGUGUUGGGUUAUGCAAUAUUACUACGAAGGAGUAUGUUCUUGGCAGUGGUUUUAUCCCUAUCAUUAUGCACCAUUUGCAUCUGAUCUCAAGGGUCUUGGUGACCUGGAUAUAUGCUUUGAACUGGGUUCUCCCUUCAAACCAUUCAAUCAGCUGCUGGGGGUAUUUCCUGCUGCAAGUUCCCACGCUCUCCCAGAAUGUUACAGGAAACUGAUGACUGAUCCAAACUCACCUAUCAUUGAUUUUUAUCCGACUGAUUUUGAAGUUGACAUGAAUGGUAAACGGUAUGCAUGGCAGGGUAUUGCAAAAUUACCUUUCAUUGAUGAAGCUCGUCUUCUUGCUGAGGUUAAAAAAAUUGAACAUACUUUAACGGAGGAGGAGGCGCGCAGAAAUAGUGUGAUGUUUGAUAUGCUUUUUGUGGCAUUAUCACAUCCCCUUUCGCCUUACAUAUUUUCUCUUGAUGACCAUUGUAAACAUAUGACUGAUAAAGAACGAGCUGAAGUCAAGGAACAACUUGAUCCUGGGGCAAGGGAUACAUGCAGCGGUGGUAUGAAUGGGUAUAUAUCCCUUUGCAGUGGAGAUCCUUGUCCUCCUAUUUUCAGGUCACCUGUUGGAGGAAUGGAAGAUAUUAUGGACAACCAAGUCAUUUGUGCUAUUUACAGACUCCCAGAUAAACAUAAACACAUCACUCGACCACUAGCAGGGGUUGUAUACCCGAAGAAGACUGUUACAGUCAGGGAUCUGAAGCCUGAACCUGUUCUGUGGCAUGAGGAUUCUGGGAGGAGGCCGUAUGAGAAUGGACGAUAUAAUGACAGGCAAAAUCCACCUGGAACAAUUUCUGGUCGGCAGCUUGGGGAGGCUGCACAUCGACUUGUUAUUAAUACAUUGCAGUUGAAGGGAAACCGCAAUGGGCUUGCUGAUCAUAUGCAUGCCCCACCACCGUCUUAUGCUGCAGCCAUGCACAGACUGCCAUCUGCAUCUUUUCCUAGUAAUACAUACCAUGAUCGGGAUCAACAUAGAAUGUUUCAACCUAGAACAGAAUAUCCUGUUCAAGAUCCCUCCACCAUACAAAGUCAGAAUAACCAUGACAACCAUCCCUCCACCAUACAAAGUCAGAAUAACCAUGACAACCAUCGCUAUGGCCAACAGUAUCCUCCAUCAGCAGCUCCCCGCCACUCCUAUGAUAGGUCGUCCCGCCAUCAAAAUCAAAGCAGUAAUCGUGGCAGUGAAAAUCCCAUGCAUGGAUACGACCAAGCGGGAUUUCAUCAGAAUGGUGGACUAAGGUAUCCUCCUAGGUAUGUAGGACAAGCUCCCAUCAUCGCUGGUGGACCGCAGCAUCAUCAUCAAUGGCAGCAGCAGCAGCAGCAGCAGCCAGUUGGAUACAAUGGAUAUGGAAGCCACCAAUCAUAUGGAGCUCCUACUUAUAAUCAGUGGGGUGGUGGUGGUCGUGGUGGUUGGGCACCACCAGCAAGCCACAGUGCUCCCAGAGGAGGGUAUAGCUACCCUCAACAGGGAGGCAAUCGGUACUCAACAUUAGACACAGCAGGAGCAGGUAGAAGGCCACCACCACCGCCACCUAGCCAUGGUCGCCGCUAGAAUUGCUUUAAACUAAUUUUCCAGUUCUUCAAGGCUUUGCUAAUGAUUAUGUGUACAAUAGUCAGUUUUUUUCUUUUACUUGUUUGUUUUGAGGUUUUUAAAAAAAUUUCUCAAGAAAAUUUUCCCGCAGUAUUUGUAUGGUCCCUUAAGAGAGCAGAUGUCUGAAAUAAUAGAAAGGUGGUUGAGUUGUGUCACGCAGGGGGCGUGCAAUGAAAUUCCUUUUUCGAGGUUCAUGAUCGUUGGAAAGCAUUGACGUGAUGCCAUGCUACGCCACCAUUUUCAAGAGCUGCCAAAAUGCUGCAACUCCUUGUUUGCCUUCGGGUGAGGUGUCAAGGUAUGCUUCAUGCGCUUAUGGAUGCUCGUUCUCUUGGCCGAUUUGGUUUUAAGUAUUCAUUUAUUUGACAAAAUAGAAAAGGGUUUUGCGAUCGAGCAUAACAUUUUCUGAUCUGUUUGAACCUCAGGGCCAGUAGUAAUGGCCUUGACCCCGCAGAUUUUUAAGAUGUAUUUCCAAAUUGUCUGCGCCAAAGCGAACAUAGUAUUGAAAAACAAUUCAAAUUGCAGUCCGACGAAGAAAGAAAACAUGGGAGAGGGUUCAUUUAAUGAGGGGAUCGCUGGUCGGCGGCCCACGGAGGGAGAGGUAAUUAAUCCAUUUAAUGAGUCGAGCUGGGGGGAAAUAGGUGCGUAGUCCUCCCAACAGCUGUCAACGCGGUGUGCGUGGGGCUGGGAGCCCUUCAUGUGUCACUCGCGAGGGAGCUAACUAUGUCACUGUCCAAUCCAACUGGAUGGCCAUGGCGGUUCACCUUCCUCGGGCCAGAGGCUUUGCCCCGUGCAUUAGAUGAGUGGAUUUUCAAAUGUGUAUAAAUCUGUAUAAAAUUUAGUAUUAAAUUAUGUUUAAAUAUUUUAAAAAAUUUAAAUGAAUAUACGUCCAAGAUUUAAUA